AUGGACGAAAUCGCAGAUAUUUCAGGUUUCUGUUUUCCAAAUAUGACAAAGGGUUACGACCCACUGAGGGAAUUGGUCGAGUUUAUUGAAUCUGGCGAACCGCCUAUAUAUAUUGGAUUUGGUUCGAUCGUCUUGGAGAACUCUGAAAACAUGACUAAGUCCGUGUUGGGGGCAAUAUCUCAGGCCGGAGUAAGGGCGAUAAUCGCAACGAGUCCAGAGGGUCUAGAUGAGGGCAUGAUCAAGGAUGCUGGAGACGAUGUGUUCCUGUUGACGGCUGACACACCGCAUGAUUGGCUAUUUGAGCGGGUUAGUGCAGUAGUUCAUCAUGGCGGGACCGGUACUACGGCAAUUGGACUUAAAUGUGGGAAACCUACCGUCACCGUCCCGUUUUUUGGAGACCAGCCGUGGUGGGCCGCACAAAUAACGCGCCUCGGAGUUGGUCCGCCUCCCAUUCACCCGAACAGGUUGACCGCGGAGGUUCUUGCAAACGCGAUCCGUGUGGCAAUUUCCCCGGAAUCGCGCGAGGCAGCGAGAAAAAUCGGGGACACGAUUCGAGCUGAACAUGGGCCUAAGAAUGCGGUCGAGAGUAUUCACAGACACUUGCCGUUAUUGAAUAUGCGAUGCGACCUUGAUCCUAAUCGGGUCGCAGUUUGGUAUUCCCCUACGCAUAAAUUGAGGUUGAGUGCAUUUGCAGCCCAGGUUCUGGCAGAAGCGGGAGAACUCGAUAUCAACAAGCUCGAAUUGCAUCGAUCUCGGGAAUACGAUACUCAUAUUGGACCUAUCGACCCGGUAUCCGGUACUAUUCUUCCUGGUAUAAAGAUUCUGAAUGAUUUUGGAAGAGGUGUUGCCCAAUUGCCCAGUGAGCCUGGGAAAGGUGCUACCAAAAUGCUGAGCGCUUCUACCCUUGGGCUGCAAAACACGCUUCAAAGUGCUGCAGAAGGGAUGCAUAAUCUUCCAAAGGUUUACGGCGGGGAAGUUCGCAAGCAUAAGAAAGUGACUGGAAUUGGUUCUGGAUUCGCUCAGGGUGGGAAGGAGUUCGCACUAGGAUUAUACGACGGCUUUUCAGACUUUUUUAUGGAGCCUGUGAGGGGGUUUAAACGAGGGGGCGUGUUGGGUGCAAUUGGUGGAGUUGGAAUAGGAGCUCUUAACCUAACCACAAAACCGACUGCCGGUUUUAUGCACGCGGUAUCGAUGCCGAUCGAAGGGACGGUGAGGGAAGUCAAAUCACUUCUAAACAGACAAGUGGGGAAAGAUCGGAUUGUGACGAGGUAUGCUCAGGGUGUUUCGGCCGCCCGGGGCGCGAGCGAGGCGGAAAGAGAGAGAGUCGUGAGGGCCUUUAUCGAGCGUGUUAGUCGAGGCGACUCGGCGUCUACGGUGAAUAAGGAAGACAAGAAAGGAAAGGGAAAAGCAAAGAUAAUUUAA